AUGGCCACGGGACUCUUCAACUCCACCUACUACGGUAAAGACUACCGCGCCGGUGCGGCCUUGCUGCGCGCCCGUCGGCCCUACCUCUUCAAGAAUGCCGCUACCGGUGCGGCUCUGGUAGCCUUCACCAUCAGCGUCUAUGCAUACACCAUCCGCGCCGUCGGCCAGGAAGAAUUCUCCGACGUCAAGGUCCCCGACGCCCCUGCGCAGCCGAAGCAGCAAUAA